CUACCAGAGUGGAAAAUAUAAUACGGAAUAUUGUUAAAAGACAAGAGCCAGUCAGAGCCCAGAGUUAAUUAGCUAAUAACUAAAGUACUAGAUUAAAGACUUUAAAAUUUAUCAAUAUUCAAUACAGAACGCGUUCAAACUUCAAACUCGAAAGUACCAUCGAAUGUUGAUGUCGAUUGUUGAUUAGAUAACACAUUUUUAUUAUCAAAAAUUGUGGAUUCCGUAUUUCCGUUUAUUUCUGUUGUUUAUCUAUAAAUAUUUUAAAUGUGUUCAAAGAUCUGAGUUACCAAACAAUUUUCCGUUCGAAUUCACUUAUGUAGAUCCUGUCGCACUUAAAUAAUCGAAAAACGAUCAGUGACGAUAUUUGGAAUUGAGUUAAUUGCGACCGUUACGAUUGAAAAUCGUCCUUUCUGGCUAAAUUAUGAGCACUUUAAUGUCCAUCGAAGAUAGAGGGUCUGAUGAAAUACACAAGACUGAAGAUGGUCGAGAUAGAAUUUCACCGCUGAAGGAAGAGUAUAAUGAACAGAGUCCUCUUGUUGACAAAACAUCAUAUCAAAAUCGAACUAUAAAUUUUCCUCAAAAAAUAGACUGUGAAAAAACACAAUACAGAACUCAAUAUUUAGCCACUUUGAUUGUAACUAUUGGCGGGUUCAUCAUGGGCACAACACUAGGAUGGACGUCUCCAGCCGGUCCAAUGAUGGAAAAUGGCCAAUAUGGGUUCCAAAUUACUGAGGAUGACAUUUCAUGGAUUGCGUCAUGCAUGCCACUUGGUGCCAUGCUGGGAUGUCCAUUUAUAGGUUGUUUAAUGAACAAAUUGGGACGUAAACAUCUGAUGAUAAUGUUAAUUUUCCCUGCAUUCUUUGGAUGGGAAAUGAUAAUAUGUGCUAAUUCUGUAGUGAUGAUCUGCAUCGGCAGAGUUCUAACUGGAUUUGCUAGUGGUGCAUACUCUGUGAUAGUACCACAAUUCACCUCUGAAAUAGCUAAUAAGGAAAUACGUGGAACUUUAGGCACUUAUUUUCAAUUACAAGUAUUUUCAGGUAUCUUAUUCACCUAUGUGUUAGGAUCCUACUUAAAUUUAUUUGGUCUCUCUAUUGCUUGUGCAAUGGUUCCAGUGGUUUAUUUGUGUUUGAUGUUUUUGGUCCCAGAAAGUCCAAUUUUUUAUCUAUUAAAAGGAAAUAUUGUAGAUGCUCGAUUGUCAUUGAAAUAUUUCCGCAGACCUUUUGGUCAGGUAGACCAAGAAUUAAACUCAAUGCAAGAUUCUUUGGCAAAAACUGAGAGAGAAAAAGUUCCAAUCAUGGAAGCAUUCAAAACUACACCAGCCAAGCGUGGGCUAUUCUUAGGCCUCGGGGUUAUGGUUUUUAUGCAGUUUACGGGAUGUAACACAGUUAUUUUCUAUGCCACAACUAUCUUCAAUGCAACUGGUAGCUCGAUAAAUUCAAAUGCUUCUACAGUUAUUGUAGGUAUCAUGGGUGUUUUAUCUACAUACGUGUCAACGCUUGUUGUUGAUAAAUUGGGAAGAAAAAUUCUGCUUUUGUCUUCUGUUGUUGCAAUGGGAAUAUGUACAUUUUUCAUUGGUGGAUUUUUUUAUGCAAAGGAUCACAAUUAUGAUGUUUCAUCUAUUGGAUUUAUCCCAUUAUUGUCGUUGUGUGUAUUCAUAAUAUUAUUCUCAGUUGGUUUUGGCCCAAUCCCAUGGAUGUUGAUGGGUGAAAUAUUUCCAGCUCAGAUUAAAGGAAUUGCUAGCUCAAUAGUCUGUAUGGCAAACUGGUUCUUUGUGUUUUUGGCUACAAAAUUUUUUGCAUCAUUGGCAUCCAUUAUUUAUUUAUACAACACAUUCUGGCUCUACACGGUGAUCUGUGUCUUAGGCACAUUCUUCGUGGUAUUUAUUGUUCCCGAAACCAAGGGUAAGACAAUGGAAGAAAUUCAGUUGUUGCUUGGUGCAUAACCUGUACUGUUAUCACUAGAAAACGUCGGAUGUAAACAUUUUUCUUAUAAACAACUACUUAAGCUGUGAUGUGUUUCUUUUGUCUAUGAAGUUAAAUUAUUUAUUUUUAUUAACUUUUUAAAAGAUAACCUAUGUUUUGUACAAAACUUUUAUAAA